AUGAAUCAAAAAAACCCCAAACACCCUCCUAAUCAAAAACAACCCAUACACAACCCCUCAAACCACAACAAAUCCCAAAUCACCCACCACAAAACCACCCCACACCAAAAACAAUCACCAACCACAAUAACUACCACCCCACACCAACAACCACCACACCACCCCCACACCCAAACCCCCACACCCAACACCCACCCAACCCAACCCCAACAAACCCCACACCAAACAACACCACACACCCACCACAACCCAACACCCACCACCCCCCCCCCCACCCCCCACCACCCAACACCACAAACCCAACCCCCCACCACACCAACAACACCCAACCCCACCAACCCACCCCCCCACCACCCAACACCCCACCCACCAACACACCACCCCCCCACCCCAACCCACAACCCCACCACACCCCCCCCACCACCACAACCCAACCCCCCCACACACACAACCACACACCAACCCACAACCAACCACCCCCCAACAACACAAACCACCCACACCCCACCCACCCACAACCCUCCCACCCCCCAACACACACCACACACCCCCACACCACACCAACCAAACAACAACCCCAACCAACCCAUAACCAAAACCACACCCCCCCCAACACACCCCCACCCAAACAACCCCCACCACCAACCACAAACCAACCCCACCACAAACAACCCCACAACACAACCCCAACACAACCACCCCCACCCAACAACCACCACCACACCACCACAACACCACCAACACCCCACCCCACCCAAACCACAACACACCAACCCACCCCACACCCCCCCACCCCCCCCACCCACCCCACCCCCCCCCCACCCCCCAACCAACCCACAACCACCCACACACCCCCACCAAACCCAAAUACAACAAAUACCCCACACCCCCCCCACCCACACAAACCCCCCCCCAAACCCCCCACCCCACCCCCCCCCACAACCCCCCCCCAACCACCACACCCACCCAACCCAAACAAAACAACCAUUUUACCCACCAAACACAAAACCCCCAGUUUUCAAAACACACAAAACCACUUUAAAGGCUACCCCACUCCCUGUUGUGGCUAUCUUUAUCAAGCAGUGA